AUGCUCCCCACACCUUCAACCUCCCACGUCCCAUAUGCCCGGGUCUACGAGCCGGCCGAAGACUCCUUCCUCCUUCUCGACACGCUCUCCUCGCCAUCCGAAACCGCCUUUCUUGCCCGCCAUUUCCCCCUUUCACCACCGACGCCCUCCCCUCUGGUACUCGAGGUCGGGCCCGGCUCAGGGGUGGUGCUCGCCUUCCUCACCGCGCACGCGCACGCGCUCUUCUCGCGCCGCGACAUCCUCACGCUCGGCAUCGACGUCAAUCGGUUCGCGUGCCAGGCGACGGGAGAGACCGUGCGCAAGGCCAUGGCCGAGGAUGCUGCUGUCACUGCUGCUGCUGCUGACGGGGCCGGACCUGGAGGAGAAGGGUAUGGGUAUUACCUAGCCGCGGCGCAGGGCGAUCUCACGAGCCCCGUCCGCCCGGGGACCGUGGACGUGCUCGUCUUCAACCCGCCCUACGUCCCCACGCCGGAGGUCCCUUCCGUACCUAUCGGAGGGAUGAAGGCAGCAGCAAAAACGACGACCUACGAAGAGGACUCGGCGCUGCUUGCGCUGUCGUAUGCGGGCGGCAAGGACGGGAUGGAGAUCACGGAGAGGCUGAUUGAAGAGCUGCCGGUGGUGCUGUCGGACAGGGGUGUUGCGUAUCUCUUGCUCUGCGCGCAGAAUAAGCCCCAGGAGGUCAAGCAGCGCGUUCGGCAGGUGAUGGAGAGCAGAGGAGGGGCAGGGUCAUGGAGGGUUGAGACGGUUGGGACGAGUGGGAAGCAGGCCGGCUGGGAGAAAUUGCAGAUUGUGAGGAUAUGGCAGGAGGAGAACGUCUAG